GAUCCCAUCAUAUCACGUGACUGGUCUCGAAAGAGGAAGGAUAACAAGCGCUGUCUGAAAUCAUGUUGAAGCUGCUUGAACGAAUAUCUGUUCAGGAAAGUCCCCAAUUUCUUCACAGGGUAACUGAUGGAAUAUGUGGACGAAGUUUUCCACGGUUCCAGGACUAUUCCACCAUUUUUACCAUUGCCGAAUUUCUGGAGCUAGUUAAUGUGAUUACAGCAUUUUUGAAGACAGCAGUUGGGAAAAAAAUGAAUGAUGAAGAGUUGCAACAAUCCUUAAGUGGUCUUGACUCAAGUCAUCAACAAGCAAUAUUUCACUGCCUCCAGAGUAGAAGAGAAGAAAUAAGACAUUCUCUGAUUGAAAAAACAAAUGCAAUUUCAACAAGUCAGCUUCAGGAUUUUGACUGGCAGUUAAAGUUGGCUUUGUCAAGUGAUAAAAUAUCAGCAUUACAAGCACCUUUGGUGAAUCUUGACUUGGAUAUCAAAGAAAAUGGAGCAAUUACGCCACUAUCAAUUGAAAUGAACAAAGAUGAGCUACAAAAUUUAAUCAGUUCAUUAGAGGCUGCAAAUAAGGUUGUCCUACAAUUGAAAUAAAUCUUACAUUUUACAUUGAAGCAGAAAAUUAAACCACUCACCGCCUGUGAAGCAACAGAGAAGAACAAUGGCAUCAUCAAGUGCCCUUGCAUAAAAGGCACAUACUGUUCAAUUUCCAGCAGAUCCCAACAAAUACAUGAGGAAAAUCCCAAUAUUAAGAGAGAAGCGUACACAUGUGAAUUCUAACGAUAAUAUAAAGAAAGGUGUUUGACCAUAUUGCAGUCUAACUUUUUAUGGAACUUUCCAUGACAUGUGUACAAAGAUGGUAUAGUUUUGUAUUUUAUAGUUUAGUGUAUGAAACUUUUAUAAACAUAUUAUGCUCUCAGUGACUUAAUUACACUUAAUUAGUUUGCUUAUACACGUUUAUUAAAUAAGUAAUUGAUGUAACCAGCAGAAGGCUACUUAAAGUUAUGUCUUUUUUUUAUUUCUGUAUUAUACCAUCCAGGUUUGUAAAGAACAAUUACUUUUCAUCAUGUGUGCAGUGAACAACAAAAAACACAGGAAUAUACUGAAAUAGCAGCGUGCUGUUAACUUGGGUAUCCCUAAAUAAAGAGUAAACACCUGCAAGUUGUUUUUUGUGCAUUGCUUAUAAUUACAGAUUCAUUACGAACAAGAAUUAUUGUAAUGCUAAACUUUUGAAAAUGCCUUUUUAGAAGGAAUUUAAAGCAGGUAAUUAUUACAGUUGAUUAAUAUUGAAGUUUAUCAAGUGUUGUGCAAUUUAUGUUUUUGAUAAAUAUUUAAUAGUGAAGGUUUCUACCUGCAAUUCUAAAAGGGAAAAUAAUCAUUUUUCACUACUGUAGAUUAAAAAUUGUGUUGUUAAAAUGCACACGGGUCUAUAGUCAAAUAUGCAAGCAUAUAUGUAUUUGUGUAUAACCAUAUGUGCUUUUAGGGGUAACAUUAAAAAUAAUAAACACUGUGUUAAACUUAAGUACUGGUGGACUUUCACUUUGUAUUAAGUG